AUGUGUGCAGCAGACACCAAACGAAUAGAAAGGGAUACGAAUACGGUUACAGAUCAAAAGACGGUAACAAGAGAGGCUUUCAACGACUCACCGGACUUGCGAACCAGCCGUGUUGUCCGUGCUCAAUUCUGGUUCCACUCCAGCCACGCGGAAGCCCUCCUAGGCCACCUAUGUA